CCACCACACCACACUGAGUUUUAUUCUUGGAGGAAAUUUUUGCUUUUUCAAUCAAAAAAAAAUUUACUCAAAGUUUCUCAUCCUUGUUUUCUGAAUUUUGAAUAUGGGUUUUUCAUUUUGGAACAUAUUGAAUAAUGGGUAUUUCAUGGUUUUGGUUUUUGUGUUCAUGUUGUGUGUUCAAUUUUUUCCUUGUGAAAUUCUUUUUCCCACUGUUUUUCAGUGCCACUGUUGCAUUGAUUUGGGUUUGUUUUGGGUUGUUUUUGUGUGUUUGAUUUGUUGCUCUUCGUCGACAAAUGGACUGUAUCUUCUUUCCUCCAUGUGCUGUAAAUCAGUGAUUAAAAAUUACUAAUUGGGCUGUUUAAAUUUUAGCUGAUUUUUUGCUCCAUAUUCUUUAACCCUCUGUGUGCUGAGAAAGUUGCUGAAACUAUAAUAAAGGUAUAAAAUUUGUUUCAUUACGGCAUAACAUACAAGAAAUCAAAAUCAAAAUGCUCUUACCCGUGGUUUUAAUGUUAAAAUGUUGUAAAGAAAGAAACAGCCUUUACUUCUUACUUUUUACUUUUUACCCCUAGCAACCUUUUCUUCCCCAUUGUUGAUUAUAGAUUUUGCAAGUUCACAGGAUCUUAUGAACUUGCAUGUUGUCAUUGUAGCAUUACAUAUGACAAUCAUGGGUUGCUUUUCUUCUCCUUCACAGAAAUUGUUUCUUUUUCUGAAUUUUGGUUUCAGAAGUACCAUAUAUGAUGCAAUUUCUCUUUUUCUCUCCCUUAAUUUUCUACUGAAGGUGUAUGUUUUUGACUGAUGUUCUGUAGCAAAACUUAAUUGUUUUGUCCUUGUAAAAGUUAGGGUAGGUCAAGAUACUGGCAGUAAAGUAUGGCAUUAAGCUUUUAAUGGAUGCAAGAUUUUCCUUAUUAUCUGUUAUUUUGCCAUAAGAGGGUUCAGAAAGGGAGCUUUUUAAAUAUUACGAAAUUUUGAGAAGCUGAUGGCAACCACACUUUGAUAAAUAGUUCACCAUGACAACAAGGCAGGUUCAAGCUCAUCUUCCUCCUCGAUGUCCAAUUCAAAAGAAACCCAUUAAUGGCCCAAUUCAUGACGGCAUCUCUCUGCCCUCACAACACCGUAGGUCUUCCUCACAAUACAUGUUAGAGGAGCAACCUGCAUGGCUUGAUGACUUGUUGAGUGAUCCAGAAUCAAAUUCCAAAGAGAGGUUUCACCGUCGCUCUGCAAGUGACUCUCUUGCCCUUUUAGACGGUCUGUCAGACUCCCUAUCAUCUCUCGGCCACCAUAAUGAUGAAGGGACUUCAGUUAAUGGAAGUUGUGUGUUGGAGUCAGAUUGUUUGUAUGGUCCCAAUUCCCCUAGACAAAGGAGUUCAUCGUCUUCAGAGAAUGCCAUAGUUUCAGCAUUAUCAGAAUAUGUUUAUCAAGAACAUAUGCAGUUUGUUGAUGGAAGUCUUUGUAUUUCUGGUAUCACUUGCUCUGAUGCAAUGACAGAUGGAUGUCCUCCUGUUGGGGAGCACAAUGCCGAGACAAAGGCAGCAAAACGCCACCCUGGGCAGCGCUCAAGGAUUCGUAAACUCCAAUAUAUUGCUGAAUUGGAAAGGACUGUUAAUGAUUUGCAGACUGUGGAAUCAGAGUUGGCUGUUAGAGUUGCUUCUCUACUUCAGCAACGUGCUGCCUUGUCCAUGGAAAACAGCAAACUUAAGCAGCAGCUAGCCAGAUUGCGGCAGGAAAAAUUAAUCGUGGAUGAUCAAUAUCAGUUUCUGAAGAAGGAAGUUAAGAGAUUGAAGAAUGGUUUAACAAAUUACCCGAAUAACAAAUUCCAAGCAUAUUUUGGAUCGACCACCAACAAUGCGGCUAGUAGAUUAGAUGCUAUGCAGAUGGCAUUGGAUAUGGAGAAACUCAAUAUUAACUGAAACCAAGAGAACCAAGAAAAGGAGUUAUGGCUGGAUUUUUUAAGAUUCUGCAGCAUGAAAGCUAUGGCUCAUUUCUUCAUAUCCAUGAUGUUUAGGAGCAAAUUCAGGCAAAGGAAACCAAAAAAAUAAAUAACCUAGGUUUAUAGUUCUCUCUGUCAUUCUUAUUCCUCACUUGUAAAUCUGCUAGUUGGACUUUUUUUUUUUUGGUGGUAAUACUACUAGUUGGACUUCUUGUUGGGGAAACUAGUAUUUAGUCUGUGGAAACUGACAUCUCUUAUCCAUGUUUCAGUUUAACCUUGUUCAUUUAAUGAAAAUAUCUUAGCAGCAGGGGACAUUUUUCCCUUAAAAUUCUAAAAUACAUUAACAA